AUGGAAGAGGCCGUGGAAGUGCGGCUGCACAGGGACGUGGAAGACUUCUUUGCCGAAUGCUCCGAACUGGUUUUUAGGAACCUCGCACAGAGCCAGGUCGUUCUGGGCCAAGUUGCAAAACCGACGGAGGUCUUGUCCUCUCCCAGAGCCCUGCCGACGCAAAGCCCACUGGAUGAGGCCCAGGUGAAGCAACUCUUCAGUUUCCACGGCCCGCGGGCCCGGGGGGUCCUGGUGCUUUCGAAUUGGCCUCGGCGUGAACUCUCCCUUAUGAUGGCUGGGGAGGUCAAGGAAGCUUGGGUGGCCGAAGCUCUCUCCAUGGUCCACCCUGAGCUGACGAGGAUGAUCAUGACAGCCUAUGGCCCUCAAGAAGUGAUCGAGGAGACGGCGCGGGCUCUGCAGAAGCUGCGCCCGGCCAUUUCCUGGAAUCUCAAAAUGGUCGUGACGAACAUGGAGCUUUUGUCCCCUUAUCCUGACGUCGGAGACCCCCCAGCUGGGCAAAUGCUUCGUGUGCUCCCUUUCAAGGAAGCGCCUUUUCAAGCUGUUCCCGCCGGCCUCUGCAACGAAGUGCUUCUUGCGGAGGAGGCAGUGGUAGAAAAGCUCACGGACUACUAUGUGGCCUUCAAACAGGAUGUCGGAGUAUAUGACCCUAAAGAAACGCGGGAAUCGCACCGACAGGCCAUCGAGGAUUUAGUUGCCACAUGCGAAGUUUAUGUGUGGCAAGUGGGCACUGACAUUGCUGCCAUCUCGGCUGCGCCUAGAGCUCUGGCAGAUGUUGGGCGUUCGAUCACGAUGGUGUACACAUCGCCACCGCACCGAAGGCGGGGCUACGCCGCGGCGUUGGUCACAAAGAUCGGGGCUGCCCUCACCAAGCGAGGCCUGCGAACGUGCCUCGUCGUGGAUGCAAGGGGAUCGCAUGGUGCCGAGCGCCUCUACGCAAGAAUAGGCUUCGCAAAGCAAGGCCAAGUGCAGCAAGUGCGUUUCUCUGGACACGAGCCUGAGCCGUGUGCCUGA